AUGUCCGACAACACUUCCCCUAUCGCGAAAGUCUUCGGCACAUUCGAACUCCUCGAGCCCAUCCUUCUCAAGGUGGAUGUGUGCACCGUUCUUCUUUCGCAGCGAGUCAAUUACUUCUUCAAGUCAUGCAUCAAGAAGUCCUCGCCACUGCAGCAAAAGCUGCUCUUCAAGCUGCCUGAUCCUGAAGAAAUGCCUGCGAGCCACCCUUACUACCUACGACGCAAUCUACUCCUACGUGCCAAAGGCCCAUACGUCCACAUUCCGGGCCUACGGAGCUUCUACCUGAUUCGCAGCGAGGCGACGAUCGAGGACGAAGAUAUCCCAGAAGUAGAGUUCACCAAUUUCAACCUCGAGAUGCUCCGCAAGACUCUCAAUACCUAUCGUCCCUCGUUCCUCGACAUGUAUAUCUUCCGGACUAAGAUUCGCAAGGGCCUCCUUACUAUUCGGAACGAGGACGCGAAGGCGGACUCCUCACGCAUAGACUGGGACUUUGUCUAG